AUGGCGAGGUUUCCUAAUCCGAAUUUUUUUCUGACAGCGGCAACUCUCUGUGAAACCCAGCUCGGUUUCUUACGCCAACGAUAUGAAAGGUCCAGACAGUUCUUCUGGGGCGGUGCAUUCGCCAUUGGAGCUCUCUUGCAGUUCUUGUGUGUUGUUUCAGUUAUAGACAGACUUCCCUUCACGAUGUUGGUUCUGCGGAAAGCGCUGAAGCUAGUUUGGGGGCUUCCUAAGGUCAUAAUGGUGGCGCAUGCUUUCACAGUAGUCAUGCUUUUGUGGAUGUCUCUGUGGUCUUUUGGAGCAGCUGGUGUUGUGGCAUCGACCAUGGGUGAUGAGGGACGAUGGUGGCUCCUUGUCGUUCUUUCGGUUAGAUUAUUCUGGACAGGCGCUGUGCUGUGUAACACUGUACAUGUGAUAGUUUCUGGGAUGGUGUUUCAUGUUCUGUUUCAAUGUGGUCAACAAGAGGCAUCGUCGUUGCCUCCUAGCACUUUGUUUGGAUCACUCAGGUACGCCGUGACAACGUCUUUUGGGAGCAGAUGUUACGGGUCACUCUUCACUGCUGCCAUUAGGACUCUUUGUUGGGAGAUAACUUGUGUUUAUUUUUGGAUGAUUGAGUCCAUGGACAGGUUUAUGCGGAUGCUUUGA